AUGGAUGCUUUGCAGACACUAUCUGCAACCACCAAAACUGGCAAACAGAGACAACGCAUAAAAUGGUCAGAUGAGAUGAACAGAACCGUCAUGCGUUGCUGCUACACUGCUACAAAAAUAGAAACGAUAGAUUUAGGAUAUAGAACAGAAAUGCACAGACUUUUCACAACACGACACCCAGAAUUAGAACCACACAUAACAGAACAAAGAAUAAUAGACCAAAAACGAACAAUUCUUAUAAACAACAGAAUACUAGCAAGCGAAUUACAAAUAAUCAAAGAAGCAGUAGUACUCGAACUAAGCGAACCAGCAAUCCAAGACACAACAAACAUACACCCCACAGAACAAGACUGGCAACACCAAAAUCCAGAACGCAAAAUAAACGGCGAAACACAACCAAUAACUAACAGGAAUAUCCAACAACACGACACCACACAAGAAACACGAGAAAGACAGAUACAAGAAAACACAAAUCAAAACGAUACAAUAGAGAUCCAAAGAGCACUACAAACCAACAUAAUAAUCUGGAAAAACACACAACACAUAAAUGAAAAUACGACAAUACAAGACAUACACAUGAUGCUAUAUGCAGCAGCUAUCACAACAACACAACAGAAUAAACAAAAAAUACCAGAAGAGACACCGAACAACCAACAAAAAACCAUAAAUAAACAUAGAAUACACACUAUAAGAAAAGACAUAGGCAGAUUAACACAAGCAAUGAAAGACAAAAAUAACAACAAUUACAUAGUUAACCAGCUGCUAGACACACUCAAACAAAAACUUGCCGUAUAUGCAGCAAGACUAAAAAGAUGUAACGAAUCAAAUAAGAGUAAAGUCAAAAACAGAACAUUCUUAAACAGUGAGAGAACAUUCUACAGAAAACUAAACACAGAACAAGAAAUAGGAUCCAUACAACCAACUAAAAAAGAAAUAAGCGCUUUCUGGACAUAA